AUGACGAUGGUGCGUGCAAUGCUACCAAUGUGUCAGACGCAGACAGUUAGGGUGGCGGACCCUAACAUCUUCCCAAACAAAAGUUUCUCAGUCUCAUCAUUCCGUAAGGGAAAUGAACCUCAUCAAGCACGACUUCGGAGUAACAUUGGUGCAUGGUCACCCAGCAGCGACGACAAUGCUGAUGAUUACCUGGAAAUUAACGUGGGUGACGUGGUCUUGAUUUGCUCUGUAGCUACUCAAGGAAAUCCAUAUAGCUGGGAGUGGACCAAGAGCUACAAGAUUUUUUUUGGUAAUUCACACGGCGAUGAAAUGGUACAACACGUUUUGGUAGACGUGGCAAGAACACAGUUCAUUCGGUUCCAGCCAAUUGACUAUCAUAUUCACAACGCUCUUAGAGUAGAAGUGUAUGGAACAAAAAUACCUCAAGAUAGAUUGCUGAUUGCUGUUAAACAUGACAUCCAGUCUAACCGUCGUUUUGACCUCGAAGGAGAUCAAAUCGAACUAGGCAGAGGAGCAUUUGGCAAAGUACACAGAGGAAUUUUAAAAGAAAUGCCAAAGGUUGAAGUUUUUUUCAAGCCUAAGGAGGAAAGAGUGGAUAUCAAAGAACGAAUAAUGGUUGCUCUAAAACUCCUACAUGAAAGAGCAGGUGAGGAAGGGAAAAAACAGUUUUUCAGGGAAAUUUCGUUCAUGCAGCGAGUUGGAACCCACAGGAAUGUGCUAAACAUGAUUGGCUACUGGAAUAGGUCAGAACCAAUCAUGCUAAUCUUGGAAUAUAUUUCACAUGGAUAUCUUCUUCAGUGGCUGAGGAACAAAAGACCACAGGUAAAAUACGAAAACAGCAAUGGUGGUAUUAUUGAAACCACGGACCAUUUAUCAGAAGGUAUUUUGAGUUCAAAUGAAGCCGCCUUAGCUAAUAAGUCAGAGGACGAACAUAACCUUGACACUGGAAAGAACCUUACAAGUGCACAUGAUUUCACGGAAGUUACCGGGAAACUAGACUCUAUCGUCAUGUCGGACAUUUUUUUCUUUAUGGCCUAUUACGUCACAUGUGGUCUUUUGGUGUACUUAUGUGGGAAUCGUGCACAAUGGGGUGGCAUUCCCUACCCUGGAAUAAGUAACAGAGAGUUGUACAAACUCUUUAAGUCAGGAUAUCGAAUGGACAAACCAGACAUAUGUUCUGAAGAGCUGUAA